AUGCCUGUGACCAACCAAUUGAGGGUAUCCAUGAGCAUGAGAGUGCAGGAUGCAGUUCACGGUGUCACGAUAGAGGAGUGCCAAGCCGCCCUCCAGAACCACAACUGGAAUGUCCAGAAAGCUGUGCAUUAUCUCAAGGUGGAGCAGUUGUUCUGUUUGGGUCUGAGGAACAGGUCUGAGUGUCGUGAGCUGCUGGAGAUGUGUGACUGGAACCUGGAGGUGGCCAGCACUCACAUGUUAGAUAACUAUGGAUCCACAACAAGACUAAGGUACUUUAUUCUGGAGCUUUGUUAGCUGAACUGGGGGUCAUGACUUUCAAUUUCAACUUUUGAUCGGCUGUCCUUAAGUCUUCUUUGCCAAACACAGGGUAUA